AAAACAACAAAAAAAAGGAAGAGGACAAUUAAAAACAAGGGGCUUCCUCCUAAAUCUGUUGUCCCCACGCAGAACCGCUUUGCUGCCCUGCAGGGGGCUAAUGAGGAAACACAUUCGCACCAUGAACAACAAGCUGAUGCACUGGUAAAGAAGAUCUCUACUGGUGCUGCCAGGAAAAAGCAGCGGAUCCUAGUAGAAGGGGACUCUACUUUGAAAGGCACAGAAGCACUCAUCUGUCGGCCUACCUAGUCUCAAGGGAGGUGUGUUGCCUACCAGGGGCAUGGAUCAGGGAUGUUGCAGAGAGGCUGCCUGCUCUAGUAAGUCCCAAUGAUUAUUACCCACUUCUAGUGAUCCAUGUGGGUGCUAGAGAUAUAGAUAGUAGUAGCCUGGGGAACAUAAAGGACUACAGAGCCCUGGGAGAGGUGGUUAGGGGCUGUGAAGCUCAGACUGUCUUUUCAUCAAUUCUCCAGGAUACAGGGGAGCACCUUAAAAAGGCUAGGAGGAUUGGCCAGGUUAAUAAAUGGUUAGAACAGUGGUGCCAUAGUCAGGGCUUUGGGUACCUAGAACAUGGGACUCAAUUUAGUAGGCAAGGUCUACUAGGGGCUGGUGGAGCUGGCCUGAUGAAGGGGAAGGACGGUUUUGGUAGGAGGCUUGCCAGACUGGUCAAGGAGGCUUUAAACCAGAUGUGUUGAGGAUGGGGGGCAUCAUUCCAUCCCAACACACCCAGUCAGUUGCCAGAGCCUAUAAUAAAUGCUUGGAGCAAUGUAGAGAUAUCCCAGCCGCUCCAGCCAACGAGCCGGCUUCAUUUGGAGCUCGGCUCAGAUGCCUCUAUACAAACACCCGUAGCAUGGGGAACAAACAAGAGGAAUUAGAGAUGUGUGCACGUCUACGGGGGUAUGAUAUAAUAGGCAUCACAGAAACAUGGUGGGAUGGCUCCUAUGACUGGAGUGUUGGAAUGGAAGGUUACAGGCUCUUUAGGAAGGACAGGCCUGGCAGGUGGGGAGGGGGAGUUGCCCUUUAUGUUAGGGAUAGGCUGGAGAGUAUGGAACUCUGUCUGGGGACAGGUGAGCAGUUAACAGAGAGUUUGUGGGUCAGGGUUAACGGGAAUAUAGCUAUGGGAGACAUUACUGUGGGGAUCUGUUACAGACCGCCUGAUCAAGAGGACUCCAUGGAUGAAGUGCUCUAUAGACAGAUAGGAAAAGCCUCACACUCACAGGUCCUUGUUCUCAUGGGUGACUUCAACCAUCGUGACAUCUGCUGGAGGGAUGGUACGGCCCGGCACAAGCAAUGCAGGAGGUUCCUUGAUUGUGUGGAAGACAACUUCCUUCUGCAAGUAAUAGAGGAGCCGACAAGGAGAGGUGCCAUGCUUGACCUUGUGCUCACCAACAGGGAAGGGCUGGUUGGAAAGGUGAUGCUCCAGGGCAGUCUUGGUUGCAGCGAUCAUGAGAUGGUCGAAUUUGAGGUCCUCAGGACAGUGAGAAGAGCGUGCAGCAAGCUCACUGCCCUGGUCUUCAAGAGAGCAGACUUUGGCCUCUUCAGGAACCUGCUUUGGAAGGUUCCAUGGGAUAUAGCCCUAGAGGGGAGAGGGGCCCAAGACUGUUGGUUGAUAUUCAAGGAUCACCUGCUGCAAGCUCAGGAGUGUUGCAUCCCAAAUAGAAGGAAGUGCAGCAGGAGGGCCAGGAGACCUCCUUGGAUGGAUAAGGAGCUGCUGAGGAAAAUUCAAAUGAAAAAAGAGGCUUAUAAUAAGUGGAAGCAAGGACAGGCAGCCUGGGAAGAAUACAGGGAUGUUGUCUGGGAAGCUAGGGACCAGUUAAGGCCCAAACUUGCCUAGGGAUAUUAAGGAUAACAGGAAGGGAUUCUAUAGGUACAUUGCAAAUAAAAGACAGACUAGGGACAACGUGGGCUGUCUCUGGAAGCUAUCAGGAGAGCUGGCUACCCUGGAUGUGGAGAAGGCUGAGGUUCUGAAUGACUUCUUUGCCUCGGUCUUCACUGGCAAAUACUCUGACCACACCACCCAAGUCUUGGAAGGCAAAUGCAGGGACUGUGAGAAUGAAGACCUUGGGCCCACUGUAGGAGAGGAUCUGGUU